AUGAGCACCCCGCUGAGCCGAGGCUCGAUCAGCUGGCGGCGAGCGGCCAGCGUGGUGUUGGUGACCCGCUGGCCACGCCCGGGCCCCGGCGCCCCGCCGCCGCCGGCCGAGGACUUCCGCCUGCUGUUGCUACAGCGCUCCCAGCGCCAGCGCUUCCUGCCCGGCGCGCACGUCUUCCCCGGCGGCUUGCGGGAAGCGGCCGACCGCUCCGCCGACUGGCAACGUCUCUUCGCGCCGCACCACCAGCCGCCGCGCUUCGGCCUGACCCCCGCGCCGCCCCCGCGCAGCACCUUCCCGGUGCUGACCAGCCAUGGGCUCGACGCCGGCGAGGCCGGGGCGCUGCCGGAUGAAGUCGCCGGCCGCAUCUGUGCCAUCCGCGAGGCCUUCGAGGAGGUGGGCGUGCUGCUGCUGCGGCCCCGCGGCGCCGCGUGGGACUCCGGGCCCGGCUCCGAGCUCUGGCCGGAGCCCGCCUGCGCUCUGGCGCCCCCGCCCGACGUAGAGGAUUGGCGCGAGCGCGUCCGCAAGGACCCGCGCCACUUCUUGACUUUCUGUGCGCACCUGGACUGCACGCCUGACAUCUGGGCGCUGCACGACUGGAGCCGGUGGCUGACGCCCUUCUUGCAAGCCGGCGGCCCGCGCUUCGACGCGUCCUUCUUCUUGUGUUGCCUGCGCGAGCCCCCGUCCGCCUACCCUGACAGCCAAGAGAUAAUGGACUGCAAGUGGUUAUCUCCAUCAGAAGCAAUGGAAAAGUUCAUAUCAAAAGAAAUUUGGCUGGCACCCCCGCAGUUCUAUGAAAUGAGAAGAAUCCAAAACUUUGCUUCUCUCUCCACCUUGCACAAAUUUUGUUUGGAUCGUGCAUCGGAAGGAGCAGAAACGUGGAUGCCAAUCAUAUUAGUUACUGCUAAUGGAACAGUUCAGCUUUUUCCAGGAGAUGAACUGUACUUGGAAGAUUCAGACUAUGUAGAAAAGAAUAUGGCUACUAAGAAGACAAUUGAAGAAAUCAUGAAGGAAAGCAAGACAUUUCACCGAUUAGUAAUGCAUGAACGCUACUUUUACAGUGUCCAUGUGACUGUUCCAUCUAAGUAUAAACAUGUUUAUCCUAAAACCUUUGUAGUGAAUAAGAACCGACUAUAG